UGUGCCAGACGCUGCUAGUCCUGCCUGCAGGGAGGAUCGUCGUAAUGUACUAUCUGUGAUCGUGUUGCAAUUGUGUGUUUCUUCGCAAGUUUUGUUUUGUGUGUUUCAAUUUGUACAAACGUACUGUUGUGUAUCCAGAACUCCAAAAACCGGCGCAAUAAGAUUAAAGAAAUGACGGAAUAUGAUGCCGCCGCCGCCCUUCUGCUCCUCAGUGCCGGGAGUCGUUCGGUAUCAAAGGCAGAAUCGAAUAACAACAGUAUGGCGGGAAAACGAGGCGUACAGAAGAAUCCUUCCCUGGUCACGGUGGAUCUGACGACCUCACCGUCCUCAACGCAGUCGUUAUUGAAAGCUCCGAAAACGGUUAAAUUGCGCACCGAAGAUCUUGUCCGAUUGCGAGCGAGGCAGAAAACUCUCCGCGUGAUCCAGGACGACGAGACGGAGAACGUUAACCGCAGUUUGCUGUCCGUUCCCCAGCAACCUAACAGCCGCCGCUCGUCCCUACCCUCGGCCAAGAGUGAAAAGAUGGUACGAGGAAAAAUGGAACACUCAACGAUGGAAGAUCUGGAGCGGCUCGGAUCUUCUUCACCGCCGGAUCCGGUUCAACGGUGGGACACUAGCCGAACCUCGUCCCCCAUUGUAGUGAGUUCGAGUGGACUGCCAAGCCACGAAUUUACACAUUCGACACACGACAGUUACGAUGCACACCGGCGGGACGGAAUUACGAUGUAUGACAGUCCCGGAAUGAAAGGAUUUGCCUUACAGCUCAACAGCAAGGUGGUGGAGCGCUAUGAUACCAGUUCACCGGAGCUAGAGCCGGCGACAGUGCAGAUGCGCAUGCUGCCCAUGGGUGGCCGGAAACGACGCCGCAGUAAUGGCGAGGAAAAGUCACUAAACUCGCCCACCGAUUCGGGUGUUUCGUCCAUACAUGACGAGAUACUGCAACCGAACUUUACCGUUCGACCCUGGAGACAGGGAUUGAGCUUGGGUGAUGGAUUGCCUGCACUUGUGCGCACCGAGAUGAAGAAAAUCGUCGAGUUGUCUAUUCUGAAGAAGGAACAGUACACUGAAACCAAAAUGGCCGAGUUUCCGAUGGAGUUUGGCUUCAACCCGAACAAAUCGCGGAUUCGCAAAGAAUGCUCCGAUCCGGCCGACAUCCGAGACCGGGAGCGAAACAACGAAGCAUCCCGUCGGUCCCGGCACAAGAAGAAGAUUAUGACACAAAUAUUGAGCAUCGGUUUGGAGUUUGAUCGCAACGAAAACAGGCAGUUGUUCUUGCAGGAUCGUUGGCUGUCGGACAUGAUCUGUGAGCUAGAGGAGAAAGCACUCAACCUCGGCAAGGAUGCACAAGUGCUGCGUAAGUUGCGCAGCGACUGCGGGUUUCAGUAGAAGAAGGGAAGGACUGAGGUGAUCGCGUUCAGGAACGUUUGCAGUAUUCUCACUACUUAACGAUGGGUCUCUUUUGGAGUCCCUAAUUGGUUUCAUACGAAGUCUAUUUUGUCAAUGGGUGCAAUGUAUUUAUUUGUAUUAUUUUUUACAAUUUUAUGUAUAAUCCAUAAUUUUACAAUUUUAUGUAUAAUUUACAAUUAUAUGUAUAUUGUACCUCCAAACCCAGCAAUACUUUAAACGAUGUGUAUAUUAAGGAUGUAUAAAAGUACAACUAAAAUCAAAUAAACAAGUACAAUAUAAAGAAU